UCACAACCAUUUAUCUAUACUUGUAUAAUACCACUAACAUAUAAAAAUAUAAUUUCAGUGAAGGGGACAAAACUCCAUAGUCAAAAACCCAAUUGGCUUCGGUUAAUUCUUCUUAAUAUAAUUCUUCUUCUUCUUCUUCUUCUUCUCAACUGGAGUACAAUUCUUCUUAAUACACACAAACAGAACCUGAAAAUGGCUAAGACCAAAACCAUAAUCCAUGCAGUUGUAGUUGUAGUCCUCUUGCUUCUUUGCAUGGAAAUGGGUCCCAUCCAAACCAGUGCUCAACCUAAAAAUCUUCCCACUUCUGAAGUGAAAGCCAUUAAAGAAAUAGCUGCACAGCUGAAUAAGAAAGACUGGAAUUUCAAUGAUCCAUGCAGUAACAAAACAACCACUGAGAGACCCCAUACAGAUCAGUACUUCAACUUCAUCAUCUGCAAUUGCUCCAUCUCUGCAAAUGUAUGCCAUGUCCAAACCAUUAACUUUGUAGGGCAGGAUCUUGAUGGGGUGCUUCCACCAUCAGUGGGAAAGCUACAAUACCUAAAGGAACUUAAUUUGGGGCAGAACUACCUCAGUGGUACAAUACCCAGUGAAUGGGCUUCUACAAAGUUGGAAACACUGGUUCUCAGUGUCAACAAUUUAACAGGACCAAUACCCAGCUUUUUGGGAAGAAUAACUACUCUCAAAGCAUUGGGUCUGGAGAGCAACUCUUUUUCUGGAACAAUUCCCCCUGAGUUUGGAAAUUUGGUCAACAUGGAGACUCUCUUUCUUAGUGCUAAUAGUCUCAAUGGAACAUGGCCUGUGACUCUCACUAACCUGACUAAAUUACAAACUCUUAGGAUUAGCAGCAAUAACUUCAGUGGAAGACUACCAGAUUUUUUCGGGAGUUGGAAACUACUUAAAAAUUUAGAGAUACAAGGAAGUGGAUUUGAAGGGCCAAUUCCUUCUAGUCUUUCGGUCUUGAAAAAUUUGAACACACUAAGGAUUAGUGACUUAGAUGGUGAGAGCUCAGAAUUUCCAGAUUUGAGAAACAUGAACAGCAUGGAGGAUUUGAUGUUGAGAAGCUGUAAUAUAAGAGGGAAAAUUCCUGAAUAUUUAUCUACCUUGACAAAUCUCAAUACUUUAGACCUUAGCUUUAACAGAUUGGGAGGAACCAUUCCAAAUUUAGCAAAUAUUAUGAGAUUGAGCACAAUAUAUCUGACAAGUAACCAGCUCGCUGGCCUUAUUCCGGAUUGGAUCAGUAGUAGAGAUAAUCGAUAUGUAAUAGAUCUUUCUUACAAUAAUUUUUCUGAAAUUUCUGUACCGGCAACUUGUCGAGAAACCUUCAAUCUGUUCAGAAGCUUUUCCCAACAGAACAACAAAUUAAUCGGUCACUGCAUGAAUCCAUGUUCAAAAGAUCGAUAUUCGUUGCAUAUAAACUGCGGUGGAAAAGAAAUUACCCUUGGAAACAUCAAGUAUCAAGGAGAUGAAGAUCCAGGAGGUGGUGCAAAGUUCCUCCACAGCCCACCUGAUUGGGGAUUUAGCAGCACUGGUAAUUUCUGGGAUGCUUGGAGUACCACAAAAGACUAUAUUGCAAACAAUGCAUCCGUGCUCAAAAUGAAGAAUUCUGAGUUGUAUACGGCUGCACGCCUCUCUCCUCUUUCAUUGACAUACUAUGCACGUUGCCUAGCAAAUGGACCUUAUACUGUCAAGCUCCACUUUGCAGAGAUAGUAUUAAGAGACAAUAGAUCAUAUUACAGUGUUGGUAGCCGAAUGUUUGAUGUUUAUGUCCAGGGAAAACUGGAGUUGAAGGACUUCAAUAUUGAAAAAGAAGCAGAGGGAGUUGAUAAAGAAGUGAUUAGAGAAUUUAAAACCAUGGUGACUAAUAAGACAUUGGAUAUUCGCUUCCAAUAUGCGGGGAAAGGGACAACAAAUGUUCCAAGACGAGGGGUGUAUGGUUCUCUUGUUUCAGCUAUCUCUUUGGAGUCUGAUUUCAAACCUCCUGAUGAAAGCAGAAGCACAAAAAUUAUUGUCAUUGGGGUUGUUUCUCCAUUGCUCCUUAUUCUCAUGAUCUUAGGCAUUCUUUGGUGGAAAGGCUAUUUUGGAGGCAAGCCAUCAAGGGAGCAGCUUUUGAAAGGAUUAGACCUGCAAACUGGUUUCUUUUCAUUCAGACAAAUUAAAGCAGCCACUAAUAACUUUCACGCUGAGAACAAGCUCGGUGAAGGUGGCUUUGGAUCUGUAUUCAAGGGUGUGCUAUUAGAUGGUACUAUUAUUGCAGUUAAACAACUAUCUUCAAAAUCAAAACAAGGAAAUAGAGAAUUUGUGAAUGAAAUAGGCAUGAUUUCUGCUUUACAACACCCAAAUCUUGUCAAAUUGCAUGGAUGUUGUAUUGAAGGAAAGCAAUUGUUGUUGGUAUAUGAAUACAUGGAGAACAAUAGCCUUGCUCAUUCCUUAUUCGGUGGACAUGAAGGUUCGGCAAAAUUAGACUGGCCAACAAGGCAAAAUAUCUGUGUUGGCAUUGCAAAAGGUCUGGCUUUCCUGCACGAGGAAUCACCGCUGAAAAUUGUUCAUAGGGACAUUAAAGCUAAUAAUAUACUACUUGAUAAGGACCUUAAUCCUAAAAUUUCUGACUUUGGUCUUGCUAAACUGGAUGAAGAGGAGAACACCCACAUUACCACCAGAGUCGCCGGAACCAUAGGAUACAUGGCACCAGAGUAUGCAUUAUGGGGAUAUUUAACAUACAAAGCAGAUGUUUACAGCUUUGGAAUAGUUGCACUUGAACUUGUAGCUGGAAUAAACAAUAUGAAAUUUCGCCCAAAUGAAGAUUAUGUUUGUCUUCUAGAUUGGGUUCUUGUUUCACAACAAAAAGGAAACUUAAUGGGGCUGGCGGACCCUAAGCUGGGAUCGGAGUUCAACCAUGAAGAGGUUGUUAGGAUGAUUAAAGUAGCUCUGUUAUGUACUAAUCCCUCACCGGCGCUUCGGCCAACCAUGUCUGCUGUAGUGAGCAUGCUCGAAGGCCGCACACUUGUUCAUGAACUGAUUAUGGAUCCGAGUGUUUAUGGCGACCAAUCAAGGUUCAAGGCCUUAACAAAAUACAUUGAUGAUCUCAGAAAUCCAAGUUCAACAGAAAGCUUCUUUGAUUCAUCUAAGGCUGCAGGCUUAGGCCAUUCCUUUUCCACAGCUCCAUCUGCAUCAAGUAGCAACCAAACAUAACUCAGCAAUCAAAGUCAGCAGAAUACAUUCAUUCAUUUGUUCAAUUGUGAAUAACAUACUAAAUCAAUGAUUUACUAGUUGAACUGUACUAUAUUAUAAUACUUUAUCUAUAUCUAUAUCCCUUCAAAACCUUGAUGGGUGUCACUGUCUCUUAGAGUUCUUUUACUUAGUACUUUGACUUUCCCACGCUUGCUAGUCGUUUAUAUGACUUUUGGUGCCCCAAUCUUUGAAAUCUAUGUGUUUAAUUUAAGGGGAAAUAAAGGAAGAGUAACAUGCAACUUCUGCACCCA